UCCACACCCAGUAUCGCUCUCGACAACUCCCUCAUUAGCAAAGUUGAAGAAACUCUCCUCGGGACCCACAACGGCGUAACAUCUCUCGAGUAUCUAGCUCACCCCGACGGAUCCGUCGCUCUCACACACGUUGUUCAAGUCCGGAACAACGAGACUAAUGCAUGGUAUGAAGCAUUUGUUGAUACUCACUCAGGUGAGAUUCUCUCAGUUACGAACUUU